AUUAACUACAUAACUAUUAAUUCUAAACAAUUAUAGCUUUCUUUUGGGGAUGUUAAAAAUAUUAAUAGUUAGCUAGUGAUUACUAACUUAGAUAUUGAAACCCCUGGCGUUUGUUGCACGUUCAUACAAUACUGGUAAAAAGUGACCAGUGUUCGAGAUCAUUUGAAGCUCUCUUGAUUAACACUUACUCCUCUUGCGACUUCUUGACAAGGUUCAAAGUUUCAUGUAGAUCCAUCGGCUAUCUGUUUGACCAACGCUCCUUUCUCCUUCAAUUAUUAUACAUUUCAAAUACGAAAACCAAAUGCAAAAAUUUCGUCAGCUCCUGAUAGUAACUUUAGAUAAGGAAAAAACUCCUUUCUGGUCCUUGAUUGAUUAUUAUAUCCCGUAUUAAACACGUCAUGACAGAAACACAUAGCCUUACAACGUUCCUCGCAUCUAAAAUUCUUGUCAAAAGAAAAGUCAAAGCGAUUCUAAUUUUACUUUUUGUUUGCUCGGUGCUAUUUUUAUCGUACCAGUUUGUCAACUAUUCUACACUUACUAGUUACCAGUCACAAGAGUAUCAGAAGCUAUUAUCCGCAAACAAGGACAAAUCUGACUUUGGGUUUGCCGCAAGACAUCGAGGGGCAGGAAGUGGGGGUUAUCAAUCACUUAAAGAUAUUGCACUAAAGUUUGAAGUGGGAAAGCACAAUCAUUUGGACGGAAAUCAACAGGCCUCCUCCUUACCUACCAAAGGGGACACGGGACCACUAGUUGCACCUGACGGAAAACCAAACCGGAAAGGAAAACCAAUCUUUUCGGAACAUGUAUUAGGAGUGUCUCGAGAAGCACAGAAACAUUAUAUGCGACAUAAUCAAAAGUACAGAGGAUUCUUUAGCUGUUUAACUUCAGGAAAACAAAUCACGUGGGACAAAGUGAACGACGAUUUUUGCGAUUGUCCAUCCGACGGAAGUGAUGAACCAAGCACAGCAGCCUGUAUGAAUGGGCGAUUUUUUUGCUCAACGGUGAAACAAGGCUUUCCUGAAUAUGUUCCCUCUUCCUUUGUGAACGAUGGAAUUUGUGACUGCGUCGACGGAUCUGAUGAACAUUUACGCAUGAACUCAAUUAGCUGCAAACAUAGAAGCUAGACUUGUAUAUAGCAGUGAACGAAAAAGAAAG